AUGGGUAUAGAUUUUUAUUUUGCAAUAUUUCUGCGUCUGUUGAGGGAAUUUAAAGCUCCCUGACCUGAGUGUUAAUUACAUGAGCACUAAUUAACCACCGGGCAGCCCUCAUGGGAUGGGAUAGUAAGUGAAAUGCUUGGCCUAUAUAAACCACUGCUUCAUCUUACCUCAUUACAUAGAUUAGGCUGAUAAGUGUGCUCUGGAACAGCACUAAGGAGCCAGCUAGGCAACUUUAAUGCAUCAUUAAGAAAGAAAAAUAACCUUUCACGUGUAAGAGCUGGCUCAGAAGCUGUUAUAUUUAGAUAUUCUGGGUUAUUUAUUCUCAUACCCAUGACCUUCCAACAGAAGUCCUCGCUGCGUACCAUUUGCAGCCGUACCCUUCGUCAUACCAGUGCGCAUGGUGUGCCCAACAUAAUUUAUUCCAAGGGUCGAUGGAGAAGUUGUUGCUGGUCUGCAUUUGUGUUGCUAGUGUUGGGUUGCAUGAUAUGGCAAUGCAGCCAACUUACUGCAACCUACCUUCUUUACCCUACCCAAGAGAAGGUCACAUUGGUCAACAGUGCCAGGCUGCCUUUUCCUGCCAUCACCUUCUGUAACCUCAACCGGGCUCGUAGGUCUCAGCUGAAUUCUUCCAAGUAUCAACCUUUAACUGACCAUCUGUCUUUACUUUCAAUGGGUGACAAGGAAGAAGGUCCAACCAAUACUGCAAGAGAAAGGUACUUUGCCUUUUUUCUGUCACAGUUAAGUUCUGAAGAGCAAAUGGAACUGGGACACCAACUGCAUGAUAUGCUAAUCUCCUGUGUCUUUCAUGAUGAAGUCUGCGAUGAAAGCUUCUUUACACCUUUCUUAAACCCUAAGCUUGGAAGUUGUUACACCUUCAAUGGGCCAAGACACACAGGUCUUCAGUCAAAAGUCCAAGAAGCGGAGGUUCUAAAUGCCACCAAGGCUGGAUUUAGCUAUGGUCUAACAAUGGAACUCUACAUAGAGCAGAGCGAGUAUAUUAGUAGUUUAAGUACAGCAGCGGGGUUAAGAGUCGUUCUACAUGGACAGGGAAAGAUGCCAUUUCCGGAGGACGAAGGGGUGAAUGUUCCACCUGGCCAGGAGUCAGAUAUUGGUGUAGUGAAGGUUCACGUUAAACGGUUGACAGAACCCUACAGCAGCAGAUGUAGCAGUGGAGAAAGCAUCAGGAAUUACUAUGCUGAUGUAUACGGGACCGAUUACAGCCGCGAGGCGUGCAAGAAGAGUUGUGCUCAGGCUAAGAUGAUCAAGAACUGUGGCUGCAGAAUGUGGGAGUUUCCAGCACCCCCAGGGUCUGAUGUGCCCCUUUGUAACAUUAGUGAACCAUCCGUAAAUGACUGCGUGGAAAUGUAUGAAUAUAAGUUGUCCCAUGAUCAGCUCAGAUGUCAUUGUCCCCUUCAGUGUGAGGAAGAGAUUUUUGAACUGACUCUCUCGUCAUCACAGUGGCCAAGCAGCAUGUACCUGGACACGUUUUCAAAGCAUCUCAGCAGCAGAAGAGGAUAUCAACAACAUACUGAAAAUAUUAGAGACAAUGUGGUUAAGGUUGUGGUAUAUUAUCAGCAACUGAACUACGAACUGAUAGAAGAAGUUCCUUCUAUGCAGCUCGUAGACUUGUUUUCUAGCAUCGGAGGUUUGGUGGGUCUUUGGAUUGGAGUCUCAGUCUGCACAGUGGCUGAGUUUUUUGAACUGAUACUGAAUCUUCUGACAUUUUUCAUUCGUCAAAUUCCAAAAAGAGAUGAAGAGUCCCCUACAAACCCAUAUACAGUUCCAGAUCCUGAUCCAUGUUCUCCUGGACUUCAGUCGGAUAACUGUUUUGCAUGGGAUGAUGAUGGUUCUAAUCUUUUGGGGGACCAGUAUAAUCUCAUCCAAGGCAUACACAAUCCAUACGAGUGUUACAAUACAUAACCAGAAACCAUGAAACGCAGGAGCAGGUUAAGAGCAGGUGGAUCUCUGGGGAACCCUAAUCACAAGGAGCUACUCCUAGACGUUGGCAGAUGUAUGGAGAGUAAAGGAGCACA